AUGAACACAGCAAUGCAGCGCCCAACUUUCGCGGCGAUUGAGCUUCCGCUUCGCGACUACUUUCUCGGCUGCAUACUUUGCGAAAAAGAAGCACAAAUUCUUAUCACCGCAACUUUACGAUCUUCGGAUGGCGGUCACGAAUUCCUACCUGGAAGUCAGGUGGUCAUCCAUCAACUCACAGAGGCGCACGGUAAGGGAAGCUUUUGAUUCGUAGGCCACAUCCAAGCGCUAAGCAAGGCUUCUAGGCAAUGUUGGAGUUGUAGAGGUUGUACAUGGACUGAAGUUGCGGAAACAGCCGAUUACGGUCCCGAUUCAGGUCGUUUAUGCUAAUACCAGUCCUGCUCAAGUCUUUGAGACCACUGGUCUACACGCGCUCACGUGGAACAAGGAAGAAGAUUCAGCCGCAGGAGCAGAAGAACGACAGAAAAAGGGACCCAUCACAUUCGACCGCCUCGGUACAACAGUAGAUACCUACCUCGCGGCCGCGAGAUCUCACGAUCAAAAAGCCUCCCUCCGUGUCACCAAGUCUUUCCCAUCAACAUACGGCGAAUUCGAAAUCUGCAAGGGCGUCGUCCUUGGCAUUGACGAAUUCUGUCUGAUCACUGGAACGGUCAAACUUCUCUACGAAGCUAGAGAGAAUGGCUUCGGGGGCGGGGAAAAGUAUUUUGCUUUUCGGCUUGGUGCUAAUGCUGUUGAGACCCAUACGCGACCGAUGAAGACCUGGCUGUUGAAGAAGCGUGAAGAGUGGAUCGGUGAAGAUGACAGCAAGGUUGGAGGGGAUGCUCGAGUCAUAGUCGACUUGACGGAUGAGUCCUUCUCGUUCACGGAGAUAAAGUCGACCACGCCAACGGUCGUCCAGGAUACUACGCACGUCAAAGUCGCUCACAUCUCAGAUCCGAAUUAA